GGGCGUAGGUACGUAUACUAUCCAUAUAUUUUUAUCUACAUUCAGUGCGUAUUUUAUUGAGCUAGUUAUUGUUAGCUUAGGGAACAAUGCUGCGGCGUUUUUCUAACAUAAUUGCGAGUAAGCAAUGUACAAAACUUUUAGUGUUUCCUGAGGUCGAGCAGAAGCGACUGUUGAAGAUUGCCAAGUCAGCAUUUGGAUAUUAUCUUGGUCGUCGUGGUCGUAGAAAGUAUCCCUUUCAUAGGAGGUCACAUAUUAAGAAUACUCACUCGAUGAACAUGAAGGCUCCUUACUUUUGGUCAUAUAUGACGGCAAAGAGUCAGUCAUUUUUCUUACCUGAAGAUAAUUACAUCACAGGGGAUUGGACAGGGAAAUUUUUUGUAUCGAAAAGACAGGUGUACACACUUCAACAUGCAAGCAGUGAUGCUAAGGUUAGAGUCAAGUCCUUCCCAUCAGUUUUUGAGUUUAAUAAACCUUCUCGAUGGAACAUUGGGAAAGAAAUGAAUACAUUGACGAAGCCUCGAAUGGAUCUGAUCGAUGAUCAGAUGUUGACAAAGAAGCAACGCCUUGAUUACAUCAAGGCUGGAUUACUUCCUAAAUGAAAUCGAAUUGCUAUUUGUGUCAAGUUUUUACUUCCAUUAUUGGUUAUUAUCAUUAUUGUUAGUGAUGGUUGUCUUCGUGACACAGCAACAAAAAUAAA